AUGCCUUUGAACCCCAACGGUAAGGUAGACAGUCCGAAUCUCCCGUUUCCAGAUACAGCCCUGAUUUCGGAGGAGGCUUCAGAGGAGGAUUUGAAGGGCUGGGAGGCCCUUAGCAGCACCGGCAAAGAUCUUGCGGAGCAGUGGGUGACGCUUGUCCGUGGUCUGAAUGCCAAGACUCUUCGACCUCAGUCGGAUUUCUUCGAGAGCUGUGGGCACAGUCUGCUUGCACAGCAGCUUCUCCUUAAUAUUCGCCAGAAGAUGGGCACCAACGUUUCCAUCAACUCGCUCUAUUCCAACUCGUCUCUUAAGGCGCUCAGCGCCCAGGUCGACCGCCUGCGUGAGGGAAAGGAUGGUACCGGCGCUGCGGAGGAACGCGAGCCUGCCUAUACCCAGUCGCUCGACAAGCUGCUCGGUAGCCUGGAUGCCAAGUAUCGGACGGCGGACCCUGCAACGCUCACCCCGGAACGCAAGACUACCGCCUUCAUGGCUGGUGCCACAGGUUUCCUGGGCUCUUACAUAGUCAAGGACCUACUUGAGCGUAAGAACUUCGAGAUAAUUAUGUGCGCGGAACCAAAGACGUCCAGGCCGCCCACGAGCGACUGA